AUGGCAGACCAUCCAGGGGUUCCUGUCCGCUUCAAAGAUGACGGAUACCGCAGCGUCCGCUCUCACGUCCAGGAGAAGGCGGACAGGGAUCUGCACCGCGUAGACCGCAUCGUCAAUCGCAUGUUCUUCGAAUACAGCGACACGACGAACCGCUUGUCGGUCAAGUCUGAGGUUACCAAUGAGAGCGGAAGUUCACUUUGGAUAAGCGUGAAUGAUAUGCAAGGCCAUCCAGGCACGGUAUCAGUACUGGAGAACCUUUCCCUUUCCCUCAAGGCAAGACAUACCUAUCUGUCACUCAAUCAGUGCAUCUCUGUUCUGAAGGCAUUCGCCCCGACAGUGUCUUUCUUCACCGAAGUGCUUACCCCCUCGAUAGAAAUACACGAAGCCCACAUCGACCACGUCCAGUCCGACCAAGAGAGAGUACGCGUUGCCGCUUGGCACUCCAUGUUCAGGAUCAUAGCCACCGACGAGCAUAACUUCUGUCGCCCAGAGAAUUCCGCCCGGUUGAAUGGUACCGGAACAUACCUUGACCCCACAGCGGCUCAGUACGGUCGUAACCAGGGGCUCAGGGAUGCAGGUGUCUAUCAUGUCCUCAGCCCGAAAUCCAAGACACAAUACUUCACAAGCCUGGGCUACCGUUACUACGGAUGUCAACCAAAGGAGGAGGAUAGACGUGCACGGAUUCGUGUUCUAGAGAUGGAGGCAUACAUUCAAACAUUAGAUAACGCCAUACACAAGGUCGUCGAGAAUGUCGGGGGGCGCGCAGUGCUCUUUGACAUGUCGCCUACAGAAUUCGAAGCCAUAUUGGAGUACAUGGCCGCUCAAACUCGGCCAGAUCUUCUCGGUAUUGCUGGAGACCUAUAUCUCCUCGAACAUUGUCGACCUCAAGACAUAGAUCCAUCCGGCACGGCAAGUACUCCUGACGAAUGCGAAGGAGCCAAGCGACAAUACUGGCGGGCCCCAGCUCGACGCAACGACCAAAUUCACUGGUAUCGUCGGGCCAUAUUCAGAGAUGUCUUUGUUAUCUCAAAGACGGAAUAUGACGUCGCUGACGUGCGACAUCUAAAAGCUUCCCCAGGAAUAGGCUGCGGCGGCAUGGCAGUAGCUAGGGUGAUCUGGCAACACUGA